ACGGCCACAGCAACAGAGGCGGGUGUAGUAGCAGUAGCAGUCACACCUGCAUUAGCGGGGGUAGAAGCAGUAGCAGUAGCAGUAGCAGUAGCAGUAGCGCCACACGUAGCGGAAAGGCACAGAUUAGCCGCGCCAGCAAGGAUUACGAAUCCUGCCGCAAUUAUGUGACCCGCCUGAGGUAUCGACAGCGGAGCCACGCGUCUCUCCCGCGCGUCACUUCAUCAGCUUCCAUUCACGUGCAGCUCGUGGGAGGGAUCAAUCGUGCACACGAAGACUCCCCGUAGACGCUAGCGUCUGCCAAGUGUUUCCCAUACAGAGAGCGGCAUAUGCGUUGUUGCGGUGCCGCUACUACCGCCAUCGUCGUAAUGGAGCGAUAUAGCAUCAGCAGCGUUUCUCGUCUAUACCACGUCGCUACAAGCUGACUACCGCACGCCAGUCGGACGAGACGACGUCGCGGUGCGUGGCGUGUACCAUGUACAAGAGAGUGACAACUUUUAUUAACUUGGUAGCUUCGCUGCAUACGAUCAUGGGCAUCGCGAAUAUCGUCAUCGGCGUCACGGCCGUCUCGCAGAUUAAGAUGUGGACGGCGCACAGUGGCGCGCCUAUCUGGAGCGGCCUUUUUGUAAGUUUUGCUGUCAGUGGUAUUACGGGGUUCCUCUGUGCCAGGAAGCGGACGUCGUGCAGUAUUACAGCGUUCAUGUUCUUCUGCGUCGGCUCACUCAUCACGACAGCGAUCAGUAUACAGAUGCUACGACUCGGGCUGGGCGAAGCCAUACCACCGGCGCGCAACGCGAGUUGGAACGUCGUCAUCGCCGGACUCGUGGUCACAGGACUGGAAGGCUUCGUUUGCAUUGUAUCACUUUUUGGAGGCUGCCACCUUGCAAAGCAGGUGAAAACAGACAUGAUGCAGCAACGCAGAGAGGACAGCCCAUACAGCAUUCCGGUUACUGAAGUGACCAUCGAAAGCGGAGACAACUUUUUUAACCUGUCAACCAUAUGAAGAUGGCCACCGUAUUUUUGUGGAGAGUGGAGAGCUCUUUAGUAUAUAUAUAUAUAUAUAUAUACACGCCACUUAGAGAACCGUAACAGCGAAGUCACUGUCCACACAUAAUAGUCGUGAUUGAGGUAGACCAAGGCCAAACUAGGCUCUGCAACCUGUCUACAACCAUCUACUGCACAAUUACUAAAAAACUAUCCACACGUUAUCAUAAGGAAAUCCGAGCCAGGGCACUGUAUACAAGCACGUUAGAGGAGUCAGAAACACCUCAUGAAAAUGUCCAAGUAUAUAAUAGCUAUCGUAUACGUGGUCUCAGUUAUAGAACGAUAUUGUUGAUAUUGAUUUCGGCCAUAUUUUUUGUAUGUUCAAAGAAUAACGAAGAAGAAAGAAGUGACUAUAACAAUGACUGUUUAGUUAGGCAAUGUUAUAUCGCAUAUUCAUGUUUAAUAUAAUAUAUUCAUUUUCAUAGUUUAUUCAACAGCUAUAGACAUAUAUGACAAAGGAACAAAUAGAUUAUUUAUAUGUAAGCUAUCAUAUGUGCUUUAUGUCAAUAUAAGCGAUAUCCAGUUGUGACUGUAGCCCUGCAAGAUGCCUCUAGCUAUUCUGUGGUUUCACAUUCUCGGCAAUGCCGUCCAAGGAAGACAUUAUUUUUUAAAGAUGUUAAUGCAGUGGCAUAGAAACAGCUGAUGUCUGCUGUUAUUAUUACGACUUAUUUUUGUACAAAAUGUCAUCAAUAUAUAUGUGAUUUUUUUGAAAGAAUAAUUAUAAAUACCUCUAGGUCUACAUGUAAUGCCGAAUUUACCGCAAAUAAAAUCAGGAUGUCACAGUUU